AUGUUCUACCUCGCACACGGUGUCAUGUUUCUAGGCACGCCGCACAGGGGUUCGUCAAUUGCAGAACUAGCAACGACCGCCCAAAGGGCACCAAAGGCUCUUUGGAAACACCCUAACCUUGCCAUCCUGGAAGCUCUCCAGGUCGAUUCGAAAGUUUUGGAGAGGGUGCAUAAAGGUUUUAGCGAAACUGUGUAUGAGAGGCCUGAAAUUGGAUUGCAAUCGUUCCAUGAAGAAUACCGUACGAAAGGCGUGUUGGUUGUUCCACCCUUUUCAUCAGUCAUAGGAUUCCCCACUGAGCUUUCCGGCAGCAUCCCAGCCAAGCACAGUAAUAUGACUAAAUUCUGCGAACCAACAGACACUGGAUUCGUUCGAAUAACUGGGACUUUACGCCAUUGGAUCGCAGAAAUUGUCACUGAUGUUGCAGGUGCGUCUUGUCCGCAGUUUGCCUCCCUAUCAAGUCACUGA